GGCGCCAAGGAUCCUCCCCUUACAAAAGAGACUGGUCAAGGGGUAGCGCGGGCGCGGGAACACAAGGCACAAGGCAGAUCAACUAUUAUGUCUCAUCCCAUCGAAACCUUAGGGUUUCGUCCUCCUCAGUUCUCCGAGGAUUUAGCUUGGCUUCCUGGUUGGCUUCAGCAGCAUCAGAAAGAACAAUGGGAGGAGUGCAUGAACGAGCUUAAGAGUACAAACUUAGAGCUAGGCUCCAAGGAUAUGAAUUUUUUCCAAGGAAACACCAAUGAAGGGAAAGAUGCUAAUACAUUGUCGAGUGAGGAAGGCAGAUGCAACCGUUAUCAUUUGUUCUUAUCUGGGGAAGACAAUUCUGCAGCUGGUUUUGCUUCAUCUCCUGGAAAUGUGCUUCAUUUCCAUCUUCAUCUUUCUUCAAAUGGAUCUUCACAAUGUAGCCCAACUCAACCUUUGGAUACUUCUCUAAAUCAUCUUGAAUUCAAUAAAGUUGUGCCUGCACAACUAAAUGACACCUCAGUGGGUUCCAAAGUGAAGAACUGUUCGGAAAUCUACCUGAAUGUUGGUGGGAUAAAUUCUCUACCUCUAAAGUCCAUUCAAAAACCAGUAGAAGAUAUUGUUCCACAAGGUCCCUCCAAUACAAAGAUAUCAGCAAGCCAUUUUGGGGGAAAACUUAAUGCCAAUUAUCUCAAAGCAGCUGACAUCACUGAUGCAGUUGAACUCUCCAUUGCAGCAUCUGAAGCAUUGGUUAUACAUGAAACUGUGAUGAGUGGGCUGGCUUCAGAAGUAUUUCCAACUGCAGUGGUACUGGAAACUGCCCUUUGGGUAAAGAAAGCACGGUUGGAGUGGCUAGAAGAUUCCUUAGAUAGCCCAGCUGAGGAAACUGACAAGGGUGAUUCUCUUUCAGACUUGGAUGAUUUUACGAUGGCUGAUGUGUAUGAAGAUGUAGGACUAUCUCUGAGUAUUCCUUCUGAUGAGUGUGCUCUUGAUUCAGCUAUUUCUCAAGUCAAAGAGACUCCUGUCUCUGAAAAUCAGUGUGAGUGUGUAAAUCUAUCUGAUUCUUUGGAGCUCAAGGCUCAACAUGUCAAGUUUGAUGAUAUCUCUAUGCAAAGAGAACUAGUAGAGAAUCUGGUUACGGAUAUCAGAUCAAGAGAGGAUUUGCGUCCAGCAUCUGUCAAUUGUGAGAACGAAGAGUUUUGUGACAAGCCUGUUCCAGGUUUGAAUAUCUGCAGUGUGGCUAGAUAUGAUCCUUCAGCUCUGAAAAGUUCAGAUGGAAUCAUUAUGGAACAGACAGUUGCCGCUAUGGUGGAUAUAGCUUCUAAUCAGCCUCAAGACAAAGUAAACUUUCGUCCAGAUGCUUGGAAUUCAGGGAAUGCUAAGGGAGAAGAUCAGAUAACUUAUUUAGCUUCAGACAAAUUCAGGAGCCGAUGGUUAGGUGGUUGGACAGGCCAAGAAAUUUCUGCUUCUCCACA